AUGUAUCAGGCCUGGGUUGCAGUUCCGACUCUCAUCUGCAGCACGCUGUCGGCAGUUGCAACGGGGACGGUGAUCAUGCUAUGGAUCCUGUCACGGCAUAAUGAUAAAUGGUCUCUGAGAUACAUGUUGAUCAUGAAUCUCAAUGUUGCCGGAAGCUCAAGCUGCCCUGCUAACCACAGGAUCAUCACUCCUGCAGAAUUCAUCAACUCCUGGAACAACACCAUCUCAGGAUUCAACGUCGUGUCGUCGCAAAAAUCACUCCCAAUCGGAUUCUCAUGCGACUUGAACGGUUGGGUUGGUCAAGUGUCGGUCCAGGCAGCCGACUUUUCCGUCCUGGCCAUUGCCAUCAUCACGUACAUGACAGUGACCUUCAACCCUCUCGUCAUGAACAACACGGUCGAGCAGCAGUUCUUCAUCUGCGGUCUGGUCUGGGUGAUUCCAUGCAUCACCGCGACGGUUGCCCUGGCCACCGGCCACAUGGAGCCAGUCACAGGAAACUGGUGCUGGAUCUCGCGCGAGCCGCUCUACCUCCGCUACGUCCUGGGCCACGGAUGGCGCUUCCUCAUCUUCCUGAUCGCCAUCGCCCUCUACAUAUGCGUUUUCCUCAAGGUACGACGCCGCCUCUCCAAGCGCGACAGGAGCCCGUCGCUUCGGCGCGAGUACUCGUUCAGCAUGUACACAACCUCGGCACCCAGCAUCAACGCGACGAUGCUGAACAACGCGCUGGUACGCGGGACGCACACGGCACCAAUCACAGUGCGGGAGGCCGUCACACACACCCACUCGCAGCGGAACAAGGAGACGGGGAUCGAGGCCGCGCAGGAGGCCAAGCAGGCCGCUUACGUGCGGCUGGGCGUGAAGCCGCGGAUCAUGGUCCGGGCGAGCAGCAGCCUGGACCACGACACCAAGCACUGGCUGCUCUUGUCGCUCUUCCCGCUGGCGUACAUUGUCGUCUGGAUCCCCGGCCUCUGUAACCGCUUUGCAGAGCUGACGGGCACGCAGUCGGCCACCCUGGACGCCCUGCAGGCCACGACGCAGCUGACAGGCCUGGUGAAUGCGCUCAUAUAUGGGUUCCGGGAACACUCUGAGGCGCACCAGAGGCGGACGCGGGCGCGGAGGAGACAGCCUAGGAGACGGCAAAAUCGGCAGACUGUGACCAAGGAAGUUUAUUGA